AUGCAUUCACAUUUUGCUGUUGUUCAACAUAAAUCGCUAAUUCAUCACAUCAUAAAAAUGUUAGAAUUUCGUUUUACAGAUUCUGUUACAAAGCUGACAACUGAAUUUUAUACACAACAGCAGAAAGGCGAGGAGAACGAGAAGGAAGAGACUGUAAUAUUCAGUGGAUUAUUUAUCUAUGACGUCAAUCGAAACAUGUCGGAAUAA